GGGGGUGCAGAGUUUGAUCUCUGUCACAGUAGCGCUCAUGACCUCACCUUGCGUCUCUGCUCCGCCUCCAAGCACUCUUGCUGACUGUGGUUUCUCUCUAUUCUCUCCUCCUCCCUCCUCCUCCUUGUCUUCCCUUGACUCCUCCUCCUCACCCUGCCCUUCCUCCUCCUGCUCCUCCUCCUUCUCCUCCUCUCUGUCAGCAUGGAUGACAACAUAGAAAUCCACACCUUCCUGUACUUUGCCUACGGCAGCAACCUACUGAAGGAAAGGCUCCAGCUCAAGAACCCCUCCGCUUCCAUCCACUGUGUGGCCAGACUCAAGGACUACAAGCUGAUAUUUGGGAACUACAAGGGUCUGGCCAGUGACCGCUGGCAUGGGGGUGUGGCGACCAUCGAGAACAGCCCAGCAGACGAGGUGUGGGGAGUGGUAUGGAGGAUGAACGUGGCCGACCUCGAGUCUCUAGACAGCCAGGAGAACGUGAGACUAGGGGCCUACAGCCCUGUGGAGGUGAAUGUGAAGACUCGGGGCCAAGAGCUCAACUGUCGCACCUACAUCAUGAACAGCUGUAUUUACGCUCCACCGUCUCCACAGUACCUCAAGGUGAUUUUAAUGGGGGCGGAGCAGAAUGGCUUGCCAAAGAACUACCAGGAGAAGCUGAGGUCCAUCGAGACCAACAAGUAUGAGGGCCCACUGCCUGUCAUGGCUGAGCUGGAGCGGAUUAUGAAAAGAGCUAAGGAGAGAGCCAACCACCGAUCUGACACUUAACAACACCUGGAACAAACUGCCAUGUUUAGGAACUCAACUCCUGGUAGGACAAUUGAAGCAAACUUCUACAACUUCCACUGUCCUACCAAGAGUUGUUGAAUAUCUUCUCAUCUCCAGUUUGCUCCACAAUUCAUGUACCUUGGUUUAAAGCGAGGUAGCGACAGCAUUUAUUUUUCUCUAGGAAUUCAAACUUGCCUAGAGAGAUAACUGUGUUCAGAAACCCACUGGUUAGAGAAACCAUCAAGUCCUGUGUGUAACGUUACAUCUAUAAGUCCUCUUCAGGAAUAGUUAGUUACUGACAUAUAACAAUGAUGAUGAUGAUGAUGACACCGAGCAUCCCUCAGACUGUAUAGGGAUUGAAUGUAGAAUAUGAUCAUGUGUAUUUGUACUACUUCGGUGGACAAUAAAACCUCCCCGGAU